AUGGGUGGAAGUGCUUUCAAUGCCAUAUUAGCAGCCACAUCCUUUCCUCGCAUUUCACCUCCCGUCUACCGUGCUCUUAAAACACGUCUCGUCCCCAGACUUCAAGAAUUAUAUGGGCUCGUAGCCGUACCCAUCGAAGCACCAGAAAAGAAAGACCACGGGGAUUUAGACCUUCUUGUCUGUGAACCCAAGUCGCAGUAUGGCACAUAUGUCCCUCACGAUGUCGUGAAGAGAACUUUGCAUGCAGAUUACGUCGUCCCAAUGGACGGUAACCGCACAUCUAAUUACGCGGUUCCCAUACAACGUGGUGAAUGGGAUCCUCUGGGGUAUGCAGCUGACGAGGCGCAAAAGAGAGAGCUUGCAAAUAACGGGGAAAUUUAUUAUCAGGUUGACGUACAUGUGUGUUUGGAUAAAGCAGAAUGGGACCGGAUCCUAUUCUUUCAUUCAUAUGGAGACCUUGGAAUGAUUUUGGGCGUUAUUUCGAGGAAUAACGGAUUGCUCUGGGGAGAAAAGGGCAUGAAGAUUCCUAAUCCUCCAAACCCUCCUUUCGAACUCAGUGAUUCGUUCCACGCUAUCACCAAAUUUUACGAACUCCCGUUAGAGCCUUUUUAUGAAGGUUUUCAGACGAAACAAGAAGCUUUCGACUGGGCAGCCUCUAUGAAGUACUUCGACUCGAGCAAGUUCACAAGCACAGGACCUGGGUUUACAAAGGUCAAACCAGAACGAAAAAUGUACGCAGAAUUCGUUGAAUGGGUGAAGGCAACAAAGCCUAGCUCGCAUCCAUACAAUCAAUUACCUCGCCAGGAAAGAUUCGAUCGAAUUCGGGAAGACGCUUUGCGAUUCUUUAACAAGAAGAAAGAGUAUGAAGAUCUCGCUAAAUUACGGGCAGCUAAGACGCGAUUAAACGACUUGUUUUCUGGAACCCAUGUACGCAAUUGGACAGGACUGGGCGGUCAUUGGAUAGGCGUAAAGAAGAUCAUGGACGAAGUGAGGAAUAGAUUGGGUGGAGAAGAAGGAGUCUUAAAAUUCUUAGAGGGUCAUACGGAAGAUGACUUAAAAGCUGUCGUGCUCGAAGUGCAGUUGGAUCUGGGGAUGGCAUCUUCUCCAACAACACAUUUGCAAUCUUCUGACGAUUCUCUUGAAAAGCCAUCUAUAGACAAUGAAGAGGAUGUAACAAAAGAUACCAAUGUUUCUUCUCGUCUGUGA